AAAGAUAGCACCAAUCCAAUUUGUGGCUAGCAUCAAUAGAUAAUUGAUGCUUUUUCACCACUUUCUCAUAACUCUGGCUUUUCAAUAGCCAUGGCUCUUCAAGGAACUCUACUCAAAUCCAACUUUCUUGGCCAAAACAACCUCUUCAAUCGUCAUCUAAAACCAUCACUUUCUUCGACUCGUAAAGAGCCGAGGCUUAAGCUAGUACCAUGUGCAAAAUUCGACUUAUUCGAGAUCCUAGGAGGAAGAGGACUCUGCAACGGAGAACAAGGUAUACAACUAGAACUAAAAAGAGAUAUUGAAGCAUUACCUUCUGUGAAUCAAGAUGAAAAUUCGGCUGCGGAGGAGGAUACAUCAACUGUACCUGAAAAUGCUUUUGAAAAAGAGCUGAUGGGGUUAACCGGAGGAUUUCCUGGUGGCGAGAAGGGAUUAAAAAAGUUCGUUGAGGAAAACCCACCACCAAAAAAACAGUCAACUAGUGCUUCAGAAAACUUACUGGAGAUUACUACCUCAAAGAAGCCGAAAGCACCAGAGUUGCCUUUGCUUAUGCCAGGCAUGAUUGCUAUUGUGAGUAAUCCGAAUAAUCCAUAUUAUAUGUUAUGUGGCAUAGUUCAGAGAAUAACCGAUGGAAAAGCAGCAGUGCUUUUUGAAGGAGGAAUAUGGGAUCGGUUAAUAACUUUCCGACUUGAAGAGCUUCAACGCAGGGAAAAGGGUCCUCCGGGAAAGAAUGCCAAGUCAGCUAUACUCGAAGAGCUGAUUGGACAGGAAACAAAAUGACCUACCUUUUUUGUGUUAUGUUUAAAUAUUGUUCUUAUGGCUUGUGCUUGUACCUAAAGUUUCAGCUUAGAAAGUAAUAAAUUUCUGUUUGUAAA